UUUAACUUGUAUCAGUCAGGUGUUGGAAUCCAACAGGUGUCCUUUGAGAGUACUAAUCCAGUUUUGUUUUGUACAAAAAACAAACAAAUCUAAAAAAGUCAUUUUUUUGUCAAGUUUCUGUGAUUUAUACUUGUGUUUGGAACUAUGGCCUCCAAUUGAGGCAGGCCAUAAGAAUCAAACCACAAAAUCGCCCCAGCUGGAACACAUAGUCGGACCAGAAGUAGUCGGGAUUGGAAGUAGAAACGCCAUGGAAGCGCUCGAGGACAACAGGGAGUUCCAGGACUAUUGGAACGAGUACAGGAUACUCCUCCAGUACCGGCCUCCCGCCCAGGACCAAGAGGAGGAACCGACGUCUCCGUGUGCAGAAGGCGAAUGCAGCGACGAACGCGCAUGGCUCGAAGCGGCUGGGCUGAGCGAGGUGACGGAACCGGCUUUUCUCUCCGGCAGGGAAAUCUCCGACACGGACCUCUCGUCAGCUUUGCGGAUGCUGUCAAGAGAGCAGGCUGCAGCUGUGAGGAGGAGAGUCGACAGCCUUAACAAAACGGUGAGACAGCGCACAGGGCGCUACCGGCAGAGGAAAGACAUCAGACAACUUUUCGCAGACCCUGAGAGGCUGAGCAACGACUCCCGCUCCAGAUCCGCGACGCCGGACUCGCUCGACUCGGGACCUCCAAGCCCUCACAGCACGCCUUCGAAUGGAGCUUCGCCGCCGAGGACUUCGCUCGACUACACGAGACUAAUGCCCAUAGUUCCUCGGCAAGAAUCUCGAAGAAGGGGAGCCAACAGUCCAAAUGCUCCUGUUUUGUCACACCAUUCUCUCUUUAGGAGAGCGAGUAGAUCUGGUGGAGAUGUUGCUUCUGAAACUGCUGAUGGGAUUCGGAUGACUGGUUACCAGAGGAUAGGAAGUGUUAGAGUAAGGUGUGGAAGUGAUCCAAUAAGCAUCAGCUCUAUCGGUCAGGAACAGGAAAACAAUCAACAUCCUGUUGUGUGUGUUACCAGAAGUGAUGAAGGGAUAUUCAACGAAAACGGAAGGAGAGACAGCGGAGGAAGUUCACAUUCUGAUACACUCGGCUUUGAAGAGAUGUGGGCCGGCGAAAGACUUUGUGCUAGCUUGAAUGAGAGCCUGACUUGUUCGUGGGAGGAAGGCGUUGGAAGGACCUGGGUGGACUUCUUAGCAGAAGAAGAUUUACAAACGUUGAGACCGAUUGUCUUCUUGGAGCUCACCGCUCUCAUGGACAAUUCUGGACUGAGGGUGGGCAAGAGCAAACCUUACAAGCGUAAAAGGAAAGAAGAUGGUAAUCUUUUUGGAGUCUCAUUAUCGACGCUCGUGGAAAGGGACAGACAAAUAACAUCCGACCCCCAUUAUGUGCCUCUAGUCUUCCAAAAGGUACUUGGGGAGUUGGAAAGGAGGUGCCUCUGCGAAGAGGGCCUCUUAAGAGUCGCUGGCAACAAGCAAAGGGUGGAAAUCUUAUGUUCAAAACUUGAACGGGAAUUCUAUCAAAGGCCUGAAGUCGCAGAUCACCUCAUUUCUAUCGCUUCGCCGCACGACCUUGCAACGAUACUUAAGAAAUUGCUGAGAGAGCUACCCCAGCCGCUGCUAACUUCGCAACUUCUCAGCACAUUUUACCAAGCCCACAGUAUUCCAGAAUGUGCAAGGGCAUUAAACCUCCUUGUGCUUCUUCUUCCUCCUGAACAUAGGGCUACACUACAUGCUUUGCUUAUUUUCUUAACUAGUCUCAUAAAUAACAGCGUCAACAACAAAAUGUCUUUACACAAUACUGCUAUGAUCAUAGCACCUUCUUUAUUUCCUCAAGAAUUGUGUAAAGAAAGGGAACUUAAAGCUGAGGUCAGCCUGGCCGUGCAUAGCUGUAAACUCACAGAGGUGAUGAUACAAGCUUCAGAAAGGUUGUGGGUGGUCCCUGACAACCUGGUUGCUCAGUUGAGACGAAUUAAUGAUAAUCACAAAGAAAACAAGCCUAAGUCGAGGUUGCUCGGCCGAAAAGGACAAGUUAUUACAAGAAACGCCAUACAGGAAGCAGAAUUGCUAAACAGUAUAAUUCACAUCGAAGCCCCUCAAUUCCUAUUCACAUCCCUUCCGUUAUCUAUGGACAAACAAACAACCGCUGCCCAAGUCAUUCUGAGAAUUGUGGAGCUGGCAAGGGAAUGCCCGAGGAAUGUCAAAUCGACUAGAAGAGAUGCAAAAUCGAGGGCAUUGUCCGAAUUGGCGCCUAAUGGAAACCUGUCGUGUCUUCUUAGCACCGGUGAUCCGGAAACUGCUCUCAGGACGCACUUUUUAUAUGAAGUCGGGGGCAACAUAGGUCAGAGAAGAUUAGAGCCUGGCGCUCAGCUCUGGGCCGUAUUCCAAAGCAAUCCGAGAGCUAAAUGGGUCAUCAGGUGUGAUCAUAAGAAUGGGAGCCACAGAUUGCUCAAAAGGCUUUAGCUGCAAUUUUUAUAUGUAUAUGUUUUGUUUUUUUAACAUUGUAAAUAUGAGCAAGUUUCUGUGUAUAAAUUCAUGGUUACCAUGAGGGAGUUUGUACAUAUUAUUUAAGUUUAAUUAAAAUUAUUCUUAAUAUUGGUAUUAUAUUGUAAAUAAACUAGUUACUUAAGGUUAAUAAAUAGUUGUUAUAUA